AUGAGCGAAGGCAGUCGAGAAAUCGUUUUAGAUGGACACAAUUCACAAGUAUUGCGAUCUUCUUCGAGCACAGGACAUUUGGAUAAGCUCGCUCUACUCCUUGAUUCGCCUGAAGAGUCCGAAACCACACAGCUACCAGAUGAUUAUCAAGCGAAGACGAGUGAUAUUUCAGAGCCUAGAUCAAAAUGUUUCGGUCUCACGAUCAAGGAGUCUUCACAAAUGUCUAACUUUUACUACAAUGGAUUAAAGGUCCCAAUAAUGAUGUAUAGGUGCUUCACAUAUCUGGACCAAGAAACAGGAUAUGACAAAGUUGGAAUUUUCCGCUUAUCGUCUGUGAAAUCGGAAAUCAACAAAUUGGAGGAAAUGUUCAACAGCUUGGGGGACGUGGACUUGAUUAACCUGAACCCGAAACCUAGCAUACAUGCCGUCACGACACUUUUCAAGCGAUGGCUUCGCUCCGGAGAAAGAAUAUUGAACGAGGAAGAUUGCACGCAACUUAAACUACUACUUCAACUUUCGAACGUUUCCAUUAGAAUUCGCGAGUUUGAUUCUGUUCUUAGAGCGCUCCCGUUGGAGAACUACCAGAUAUUAAAAUGUUUAUUCAUCUAUCUUGAUAAGGUUCUUGAAUACCGAGAUCAGAACAAAAAUUCGAUUGAAAGCUUGGCGAUGCUAUUCAGCGCGAACGUCUCCUACGACCCAACAGGCAAACAUGUUCCAAUAUUCACUGAACUGCUGGUUAAUAGAAAAUUUUACUUCCUUGAUUGA